AUAAUAAUAAUCAUUCGGAAUCUUCUCCUCUCUCUCUGUCUCUGUAGAAUCCCAAUGAAUAUUCAUUGCCUGAUUUCUACUCCCCAAACUUCAACCCAACGACUACAUCAUCAUGCCGCAAAUUGCUUCAAUUCCAGAAUUGCUCGGUUCGGCUGUGGAUCAUGCAGCUACAUUCAACUGCAACGGGGGAAAUCUCGCAGCUGGAAUUUGGUAGAAGCGAAGAAAAACAAUAUCGUCAGAGUGCGCUUGCGGGAUGGACCUGCCAAAUUCUCAAAGAAGAAGGGAUCCGUGUCUGGUGCUGUUGCGCUUAUUGUCGGGACAAGUAUCGGCUCCGGAAUUCUCGCACUUCCGAAGAAAAUUUCUGCGGCGGGACUCCUUCCGAGUUCAAUAACAAUGACAAUGUGUUGGGCUUUCAUGUUAUUCGAGGCUAUGUUGCUAGUUGAAAUAAAUGUUAGUUUGCUAAGGAAGGAGGAAGUGAAAGUAAAGGAUGAGCUGAAGGUGAUAUCGAUUACAACAAUGGCUCAAGAGACUCUAGGAGAAUGGGGCGGGGUUGUUGCAACAAUGGCAUAUGUUUUCCUAGGUUACACUUCCAUGAUAGCCUACGGUGCUAAGUCGGGGGAAAUAAUUCACCAUAUAACUGGAUUCCCUGAAGCAACUUCUGAAAUACUCUUUACUGUCCUAUUCACCGUUCUGAUCUCUAUUGGAGGUACCCGAGCCACUGGCCAAGUGAACCAAUGGCUAACUGUGUCCAUGAUAGGUCUGCUAAUAGCAAUAGAGAGUCUUGCGGCUUUUUCUGGAGGAUGGUCGGGAUUAGAAGGCGGUGUUGCAGAUUGGGAGAAAGUCCCAGCAACUCUACCAGUAAUGAUAUUUACUUUGGCCUAUCAUGAUCUGUCUCCAGUUCUUUGUGCUUAUUUAGGAGGAGAUCUUAAGCGCAUAAGGGCUGCAGUUUUUCUAGGAAGUGUCGUGCCACUUGUAGCAUAUCUGAUCUGGGAUGCAAUAGCACUAAGCCUCUCCAACCAGUUGGACCAAGUUUCAGAUCCUGUUGAGUUGCUUCUUAGUGUUGAAUGGGAAGGAGUUCCGUCCUUGAUUGAGGUUUUUUCGCUUCUGGCAGUUGGAACCUCACUUAUUGGCACCCUUCUUGCUUUCUCGGAAUUCUUCAAGGAACAAAUCACUGUUUCAUUGGAUUCACUACCAGCACAACUUGAGAGUCUGCCUCUAUUGCAGAAAUCGGGUUCAUUCCUACACAUUAGCAAUUGGUGGCAGAAAAAUAAAACAAGCAUCACAGCAACAGCAAUGGUGAUCACUCCUUCCCUUCUUGUGUCGACAACUGUACCCGAUGCAUUUUCUGCAGCCACGGAUAUUGCUGGAGGCUACUGCAUGACAAUGCUAUAUGGAGUUCUUCCUCCUGCCAUGGCAUGGGCAAUGAAUAACAAGAAAGGGCAAGGUACCGAGCUACCGGGAAUAUCAAAAACAGGCCCUGUAGUCAUUUCUGUAGGAUUAUUUGCUUGUGGGGUUGUCCUGGAACAGCUCUUUCGAGAUUUCUCUUCGAUACAUCCGUGAGUAUAUCUAAUCUACACAGUAUUAAUUAAUUGAGAGGAUUUCCAACUUUUCUCAUUGGGCUAUCCUUUUUAAGUAGAGAAAAUAUUUGUGUAUUACAAUCUAGUUAGGUAUACAAGAUGGGAUUGGAUCAGGAAGUAAAAGUAUUGUCAUCUGAGUACUAGUUUUGAGUUCCAUUAGCCCUGAAAAUGUCGAUUCGAGUACAUUUUCAUUAUUGGGUGACCAUGCCUGCAUAUAAGAUGCA